AUGUGGUCUACCCACCCUCUUUUCCAUAACUGUAUUGCCUCUAACUGGUUGGGUAUUGAACACCCUGACCCUUUUAUCAAGCUUAGCCUUCUGCAUCAUAAAACCAGCAAAGCCUUGAGGAGAUGGGGUUGGGAAACAUUUGGUAAUGUGUUUUCCAAUGUGUUGUCUACUGAAAAAGAGGUUGAGAGACUUGAGGCCGCUGCUCAAAAUAACCUUGCCACUGAAACUGAUCUGCUGACUGCCCAGUCUAAUCUGAUUAAAGCUAUUGAUAUUCAGGAUCUGAUACUCAAACAAAAGGCUUCUAUAAGUGGUUUCUCUGAGGGGACAGAAACACCAAAAUCCAAUUACACUGGUCAACUUAACCUCAUUGAACCCCCUUCGGUUGAGGAAAUUUGGCAAGCUUUAAGCAGUAUUGAUAGCUCUAAGGCAGCUGGCCCUGAUGGGGAAUUACAAAAAACCUGGGAAAAACACAGGCCUAUAAGCCUGACUUCUGUCAUCAGCAAACUCAUCAGCAAGAUCAUUGAACUCACUUUGGGUCUUGAUAAAAUCAGCAGAGGAGGAAACCUCAUAUACAAAUUAGACAUUAAAAAGGCCUAUGAUACCAUUGACUGGAACUUUAUCUUUGGUAUGCUCACAACUAGAGGAUUUCAGCAUGAAUUUAGAAAUCUUAUUCAAAGAUGGCUUACCAAUAAUAACCACUCCAUCCUUAUCAAUGGCCAACUCCAGGGGAAUUUCACAGCUUCUAGAGCACUAAAGCAAGGUGAUCCACUUUCUCCCACUAUCUUUAUUAUUGUCAUGGAUUACUUUUCUAGAAUGCUUGACAGGAACAUUCUCAACAAUCAAUAUUCCAGAUUUCACCAUAGAUCCAAUUUAGCUAUCUCACAUCUCAUGUAUGUUGAUGACAUAAUGAUAUUCUCCAAUGUUCAUAAGCUAGCUGUGAAGAAGCUGGAGAAGUACACAGGAGGAGUCUGUCCCCUUCAUUGUGGCUUGGUUCUUGUGGAUGGGCGGGAACAGCAACAAAGGUUCUUGUGGAUGGGUAGGAACAACAACAAACAUGAUGAUAAGAGUAUCCAAAACAACAAG